AUGUCUUACUUCCGCCCAUCCGUUAUGGCCUCGGCCAUGAACAAGCAGACCGCGCCCAUUAAUCCCAUGGCACUCGAAUUCAACCCAUUGGUCUCCGCAAAGCACCCCGUUGCCGAGGUCAUGAAGGGCCCCGUUGACCUUCGUGAACUCUCCCGCGAGCAGCGUUGUGGCCUGUUGGAGGGCCCUAAUAUUACCCUGACUCGUGGAGGCAACCGCUUCGCCGAAGUCCCCAAGCGCGCCUUCAUGGCUGUAUCCGGCUGGGCCAACGACUGCAUUCAGUCCCGUGGUACGACUUCCGUGCUCGAGCUUGUUCCUUCGGCUGCGCGUGCUGAUCCUCAAGCUCUCAAGACCAUCAUCGGCUGGAUGUCUGUCGCAUAUUGGGGCGGCAACAAGGUUCGCGCCAUCCCCAUGGGCAACAACACUGUAGAGGCGUGCAAGAUCUAUCACGCCGCUACCGUGCUCGACAUGCGCCCACAUGUGUCCCACAUUGCGGCGUACUUCCACGCAUACAUGGACGACCACUCCACCAUCCCGACCUUCAACGAGCUGGACGCGAUGCAAGGCGCCUUCCACCCGGACACCCCUGUCUACAAGCACCUCGUCAAGGAUCUGGCUCGCCGCCGCCACAAGAAGGAGAUCCCCAACAAGGAAGAGUUCGCGGCUUACCUGACCAAUCAUAACACUCUUGCUCGCGCCAUGGACGAGGUGGACGCAAAGUACAUGGCCGAGCGCAAGGCUGCUAAGGAGGCUGCGAUUGCUGAGCACAAGAAGCGCAUCAUUGAGGAGCGCCGCGCCAAGGAGGAGAAGCGCAGUAUCGAUGAGUUCGAGGCCAGUCUGAAGGCUGCUCGUGGUGGGCGUGUUGGUGGUUAUGGCAUGGGCGUUUAG